AUCGAUGACGUCAUAUUGCGGGGCUCUGUUAUUUCCAGAAGCUUUCCGGACGUCGGUGGUCAAAAUAGGGGAAGCGCAGGAGUAUGGUGGGGGUUUGUCAUUGGCUGCUGCUCCUGUCCAUCUCUUUGAGGGUGUGGUCAGUGCCCAUAGACAGGAACACCAAUGCCCAGGAAGAGCCUCCCCAGAUGGAGGAAAAAGGAGAGGAGAAUGUGGACACAGGCCUGUACUAUGACCGUUACCUGAGAGAAGUCAUCGAGGUCUUGGAGACUGACCCCCACUUCAGGGAGAAGCUACAGACUGCCAACACAGAAGACAUUAAAAAUGGGCGUCUGAGUAAAGAACUGGACCUGGUGGGACACCAUGUCAGAACUCGGCUGGAUGAACUGAAGAGACAGGAAGUGUCUCGCCUCAGAAUGCUGCUGAAAGCUAAACUGGACAGCACCAACACACAGAGUGUUCAGAUGGAUCACGUGUCCUUGCUAAAGCAGUUUGAGCAUCUUGAUCCCCACAAUCAGAACACAUUUGAGGCCAGAGACCUGGAGCUGCUAAUCGCCACGGCCACUAAAGACUUGGAGAACUACGAUGCUGAGCGUCACGAGGAGUUCAAACGCUAUGAGAUGCUAAAGGAGCAUGAGAGGAGGGAGUACCUGAGGAGCCUGGACCAGGAGAAGAGGGAGCGGGAGGAGCAGAGGCUGGAGGAAAUGAAGCAGAAACACAGACAGCAUCCCAAAGUCAAUGCACCGGGGAGUGUCGCCCAGCUGAAAGAAGUCUGGGAGGAGACAGACGGUCUGGACCCACAGGAGUUCAACCCCAAGACCUUCUUCAGGCUGCAUGACACAAACGGAGAUGGUCUGUUGGACGAGCAGGAGCUGGAAGCUCUUUUUACCAAAGAGCUGGAGAAGGUGUAUGACCCCAAGAAUGAAGAGGAUGACAUGAUGGAGAUGGAGGAAGAGAGGCUGAGAAUGAGGGAACAUGUCAUGAAAAACGUCGAUCUCAAUCAUGACCGACUGGUCAGCCUAGAGGAGUUCCUCAGAUCCAUGGAGAAGAAAGAUUUCAACAGCCCCAAAGAGUGGGAGACACUGGAUGACAAGAAACCUGUGUUCACGGAGGUGGAGCUUCAGCGUUUUGAGGCGGAGCUCCGGGAUAAGGAAGUGGAGCUCAGCAGGAGGGCGGAGACCCUGAGACAGGAACAGGAAAUUCUCAGAGAGAGAGGCAAAGCUCUCGAGGCCCAGAAGAAAGAGUACCAGCAGGCGGUGUUGGAGAUGUCCCAAAGACAGAAGGACCAGCAGGCAGUGCGCAGACCACCUCCCUCGGGUCCUAAUGGAGAACUACAGUUUCAGCAAGAGAGCCAGAGCAUGGCUCAAGAUGGCAGCCAAGUUGGGAAGGUACUGGUGGACCAGAAUGGAGAGGUCCGGAACAGUCUGCCUGCAGAGCCACCACAGAACCUUCCACAGCAUACGCCUUAACACCCACCCAGCCACACAUACACCUAUACACAAAAUGACGAUGAUGAUAUUCAUGCCAGCUCCUAUUAUAAUGUGUGUGCAACUAUACACACACAAUCCUGUGCUUAGAACCGAAAAGCGCAAAGUCUAAACAACUACAACAAAGCGCAGAGCCUCACAUACCCGAUUCCUCACUUCUUUAAGAACCUAGACCCUCCAAGCAUGCGCGCACACAUACAUAUAUAUAUAUAUAUAUAUAUAUAUAUAUAUAUAUAUA